AUGCUCGCCUACCCAGCCGUAAUCCUCGCCUUCCUCGACUUCGCCAUCUCCCUCGCCUGGGUCGUCGCCGUCAACAUCCUCAACCCCUUCAUCCUCCAAGCCCCACCCUACUCCUGGUCCCCCUCCAUCAACGGCCUCAUCAACAUUCCCGGCCUUCUCGGAAACCUCGUCGGCGCUUUCAUCGGAGGAUGGGUCGUGGAUCGAUAUAGCGACUGGCGGAGUUGGAAGAAGGGGGGGGGUGUCUUCCAGCCGGAGACGAGGUUACAUCUGCUGUUCGUCCCGGCGUUGGUUGUGCCGGCGGGGUGUUUGGCAUUUGGGUAUGGGGUUAGGGAGACGCUGCAUUGGACGAGUUUGUUCUUUGGGAAUGGAAUGGUGAGUGUCGGGCUGACGGCUGUGCCGACUAUGACGAUGACUUAUGUGUCGGAUUCGUAUUUGCCUGUUAAUGCGGAUGCGUUGACGCUGGUGGUGGGGCUAAAGAACGUUGUGGCGUUUGGGUUCCUGUAUGGAGUGGUGCCGUGGGUGGAUGAUGUUGGAUAUGUCAAAGCUUUUGGGACACAGGCUGGGAUCUUUGUGUUGAUUAUGCUGUUGGCGAUACCACUUGUGAUCUGGGGACGGCAGAUUCGACAUGUUACGGCGAGGUGGAAGAUCAUCCUGGCUUGA